UCUGCAGGUAUUGAGAGCGGGAGCUCACGGAGGUUUUUAUCUCUUCAGCCUGGAGGAACGAUCACCAUCCCAUGUCAAUAUGAUAAGCAGUAUAAACUGCAUAAGAAAUACUGGUGCUAUGAUGCUGGUGCAUCAUUCAACUACUGUAGGAUUCAGGCGUACGCUAAUAAUACAGCAGAUAGAGUAACAGUGACUGAUUACCCAGAUCAGAACCUCUUUACUGUUACUAUGAGAAAUCUGAAGACUGAAGACACUGGAUGGUACUGGUGUGCUGUGGAGAUUGAAGGAAUCACACAAGAUGUUUACGAACCGUUUGUUAUCAUAGUGAAAUCAGGUGUAGAUCUCUUGUCUGUGGUGGAGAGCAGCAUGGAGGGUCAGGAAGGGGGCGUGGUCAGGAUAAAGUGUAUCUACAGUGCUGGAUAUCAGUCUGAACAGAAGCAGUGGUGCAGAUCUAAAGACCAGUGGUGUUACACAGUGGGGAGGACUGACACAUCCCAGAAUUCAGCAGUGCAGAUCAGUGAUGAUGGGAGGAGUAGAUCCUUCAGUGUGGAGAUGAGUGGACUGAAGAAGAGUGAUGCUGGCUGGUACGGGUGUAGAGUUGGAAAACUAGAGAUUCCUGUUCAUCUCAGCAUCAGUGAUGCAGCUCCAGGUAGGAUUGAUUUAAAUUUAUUAAAUAGCAGUGUGGGGGGUCAGGAAGGGGGCGUGGUCAGGAUCCAGUGUCUCUACAGUGCUGGAUAUCAGUCUGAACAGAAGCAGUGGUGCAGAUCUAAAGACCAGAGAUGCUACACAGUGGGGAGGACUGACACAUCCCAGAAUUCAGCAGUGCAGAUCAGUGAUGAUAAGAAAAGUAGAUCCUUCAGUGUGGAGAUGAGUGGACUGAAGAAGAGUGAUGCUGGCUGGUACGGGUGUAGAGUUGGAGGACUAGAGGUUCCUGCUCUUCUCAGCGUCAGUGAUGCAGCUCCAGCUAUAACUAUGUCUGUUACAACCAUGACUCCUGGAACUAUGAGUCCUGCAACUAUGACUCCUGGAACUAUGAGUCCUGCAACUAUGACUCUUCAUAGCUCCUCAGAGGGGCCCUUGCCAAAGGGAAUCUUCCCCAAGUGUCUCAUCCCAAAGGGAAGCUUCCCCAAGUGUCUCAUCCCAAAGGGAAGACUUCCCAAGUGUCUCAUCCCAAAGGGGAGCUUCCCCAAGUGUCUUAUCCCAAAGGGGAGCUUCCCCAAGUGUCUCAUCCCAAAGGGAAGACUUCCCAAGUGUCUCAUCCCAAAGGGAAACUUCCCCAAGUGUCUCAUCCCAAAGGGAAACUUCCCCAAGUGA